UUCAAUUUUAUCAACACCAUCAAAAGCCUUUCAGCACACACACUCCCUCUCUCUGAAUCAGUGAAGUGAUGUCGUCGUCGUCGUCGUCUUCGUUUCGAUCUCCGGCGGGCGCCGCCGCCACUCUUUUCUCGUCGGAUCAGAAGAUCAGACUCGGGAGGCUCGACGUGUUGAGAUCUUCUCAUUCGGCCUUCUUAGGGAGGAGAAAUCCACGUGGCGUCGUCUCGGUUCAUCCUUCGUCGAGUCCUUCCCCUAUCCAAGCCGUCUCCUCGCCGUCGAAGCCUGAGGCUGCGACCAAGCGGAGUAAAGUUGAAAUAAUCAAGGAGAAGAGCAACUUCAUAAGGUAUCCUCUCAACGAGGAGCUUCUAACAGAAGCUCCAAACGUCAACGAGUCCGCCGUGCAGCUCAUCAAGUUCCACGGUAGCUACCAGCAGUACAACAGAGAAGAGCGCGGUGGAAGAUCCUACUCCUUCAUGCUCCGCACCAAGAACCCUUCCGGAAAGGUCCCUAACCAGCUCUAUUUAACUAUGGACGACUUAGCAGAUGAGUUCGGGAUCGGGACGCUUCGUUUGACCACUAGGCAGACGUUUCAGCUCCACGGUGUUCUCAAGCAGAAUCUCAAGACCGUGAUGAGCUCGAUUAUUAGAAACAUGGGUAGCACUCUUGGUGCUUGUGGUGAUUUGAAUAGAAACGUUCUUGCUCCUGCUGCGCCUUAUGUGAAGAAAGACUAUCUCUUUGCUCAGGAGACGGCAGAUAAUAUUGCGGCUCUGCUUUCUCCUCAGUCGGGGUUUUAUUACGAUAUGUGGGUUGAUGGGGAGCAGUUUAUGACUGCUGAGCCUCCUGAGGUGGUGAAAGCUCGAAAUGAUAACUCUCAUGGGACUAACUUCGUCGACUCGCCUGAGCCUAUCUAUGGCACUCAGUUCUUGCCUAGGAAGUUUAAGGUGGCUGUGACUGUGCCUACGGAUAACUCUGUCGACCUCCUCACCAAUGAUAUUGGCGUUGUCGUUGUUUCAGAUGAAAAUGGGGAGCCACAGGGUUUCAACCUUUAUGUUGGUGGCGGUAUGGGAAGAACACACAGAAUGGAGUCGACUUUUGCCCGCCUGGCAGAGCCACUAGGUUAUGUGCCAAAGGAGGAUAUUUUGUAUGCUGUGAAAGCCAUUGUAGUCACACAGCGAGAACACGGGAGAAGAGAUGAUCGUAAAUACAGCAGAAUGAAGUAUUUGGUCAGCUCCUGGGGAAUUGAGAAGUUUAAAGAUGUUGUCGAGCAGUACUAUGGUAAAAAGUUUGAGCCUUCACGUGAUCUUCCAGAGUGGGAGUUCAAGAGUUACUUGGGAUGGCAUGAACAGGGAGAUGGUGCGUGGUUCUGUGGGCUUCACGUAGACAGUGGUCGUGUUGGAGGUAUAAUGAAGAAGACACUGAGAGAAGUAAUAGAGAAAUACAAAAUUGAUGUUCGCAUCACACCAAACCAGAACAUUGUGUUGUGUGAUAUAAAGACCGAGUGGAAGCGUCCCAUCACCACAGUGCUUGCUCAGGCCGGCUUGCUGCAACCUGAGUUUGUCGACCCAUUAAAUCAAACGGCAAUGGCGUGUCCCGCUUUUCCUUUGUGCCCAUUGGCAAUAACGGAGGCAGAGCGCGGGAUCCCCAGCAUUCUAAAGCGAGUGAGGGCCAUGUUUGAGAAGGUUGGUCUGGAGUACGAUGAGUCUGUUGUGAUAAGAGUAACCGGUUGUCCUAACGGCUGUGCCAGACCGUACAUGGCUGAGCUUGGUCUAGUGGGUGAUGGUCCCAACAGCUAUCAGGUUUGGCUAGGAGGAACACCGAACCAAACACAGAUAGCAAGGAGCUUCAUGGAUAAGGUGAAGGUUCACGACUUAGAGAAAGUCUUCGAGCCAUUGUUUUAUCACUGGAAAGUGGAUAGACAAACUAAGGAAUCAUUCGGAGAAUUCACAACCCGCAUGGGAUUCGAGAAGCUUAAGGAGCUUAUAGAUACCUAUAAAGGAGGUCCUCAAUAAGGAGCAUGUGAUUGAGAAGUUGUUCGUGUUUUGUACCAGUUUGUUUUUUAAUUUCGCUUUGUCUUGUGCUCUAAACAAUACAAUAACCACAACAAUAAGCCUCUCUCUCUUUUCGUUAUCUUUUUGCUUUCUUUAAUGUAAUUUGCUCUCUCUCUCUCUUAUUUAUUCAAAAAAGACUUCUCGCUCC